AUGGAGCAGCUCGCCCAGUUCGUCUCCAAGAGCUUCGACAACGCGGCGGCGGCGGUGGCGGUGGCGGCUGCGACGAGCGUCGAGGCUGCCGCCGGCUGCAGGGCGGCCGCCGGCGGCAGGAUCACGCUCAGUGUCGCGCAUCUCAUCGGUGAUCGCGUCGCGGACGAUGGUGACCGGCAUGAAGCGGCGCAAGAGGCUGCGGCUAGCGUCGUCGAGACGAGCGGAAGCGUCGAGGAACCGCCGUCGCCGGAAGGUCGACUGCAACCGGAAGAUCUUUCCGUCACGGCCAAGAUCAAGGACAUCCGAGACACCGCGGAGAGCCUGCCACCCCUGAAAACGCCCGAGUUGAAGCUGUCGGUUCGCAAACUGCUUGGAUGCACCCCCUCGCCGCCGCCUAUAUCGAGGGAUCGAUCACCCAGCCCGGAGAAUUGCGUCGAAUUAAAAAGUCAAAGCUCGAGCGACGGCAAAACUCAUGCAUCCUCCAACGAUCAGGCCAAGGUGUCCUCGCAGGUUACAAGGUCGAGCGGACAGGGUCAAGAGGAUUCCGUUAAGG